CCCUCAAUCCAAAUAAGUGGCUUGAGUUUAAGCUGCAAGACAGAGCAAAGGUCAGCCACAACACUCACUUAUUCAGGUUUUCAUUUGAUCCCACUGCCAAUUUGGGUCUUGAUGUAGCAUCAUGCAUUAUUACAAGGGCUCCAUUAGGACAAGAUGCUGAAGGAAAAACGAAAUAUGUCAUUCGCCCGUAUACUCCUAUAUCAGAUCCUGAUUCUAAGGGAUACUUUGACUUGUUGAUUAAGGUGUACCCUGAUGGGAAAAUGAGUCAGCAUUUUGCAAGCUUAAAACCAGGCGAUGUAGUGGAAGUGAAAGGGCCUAUUGAAAAGCUCAGAUAUAGUCCCAAUAUGAAGAAACACAUUGGAAUGAUUGCGGGUGGAACAGGCAUUACUCCAAUGCUUCAGGUAAUUGAGGCUAUUUUAAAAAACCCCGAGGACAACACACAGGUUUCUUUGCUCUACGCCAAUGUUUCCCCUAAUGACAUACUGCUCAAACAGAAGCUUGACGUGCUUGCUGCUAGCCACCCAAAUUUGAAGAUAUUCUACACCGUUGAUAAACCAUCAAACAAUUGGAAUGGAGGCACAGGUUACAUAUCGAAGGAUAUGGCCAUCAAAGGCUUACCUGGUCCUAGCGAUGAUACUCUUAUCCUCGUAUGCGGCCCCCCUGGAAUGAUGAACCAUAUAUCUGGUGACAAGGCGAAAGACUAUUCACAAGGCGAGGUCUCUGGCUUACUCAAGGAACUUGGAUAUACAGAACAAAUGGUUUACAAAUUUUGAUGGACUUGGAGAAAAUCAGUAUUGGUUUACUACGUUUUAACCCAAAUUUGUUAGAAAAAGUGAAUUUUGAAGCAAUACAUACAUACAGCUUCAUUGAGGACACGUGUCAUCCCGAUGUGCCCCGAGUGUUCUCAUUUUCUAGGGUUUUUAUGAACUGUCUUCUGUUAAAAUAGCAUCUUCAUGAGCCAGCAUUGCUGAUGAAACCGCAGUUAAGUUUAAGUAAAAGUUUUUUUGGUACUUACCCAAAAAAAAGUUUUUUUGGAAUA